AUGUCUCAAUCAACUCUGACCGGCGCCCCCUCACUCUACCCCCCCUCCUCCUUCCCCACCCACCUAACCGCCACCUGUCUCUGCACCGCCAUCCGCGUCACCAUCACGGAUUCGGAGCUCUUCACUCGCCCGCGCGGCCACCUAUGUCACUGCUCCAACUGCCGCAAAGUAGCAGGUUCCUACGUGAGUUCGAACCUGGCGAUUGAGAAGGAGAAAGUGUCCGUCGAGGAUCCCAAGGGUGUGAUGAAGAGGUAUCGGGACAUGCAGACGGGGAGUGGGAAGUGUGUGGAGAGGUGCUUUUGUGGGGAGUGUGGGAAUCCGAUUAUGAGCAUUGCGGAGAUUUUUCCGACUAUGGUGAUUGUGAAGAUGGGCAUGUUUCCGCGGAUACCGCAGCCAGAAUGUGAGAGUUUUGCGGCGCAUAGGCAUGAGUGGCAGGGCAAGCAUGAGGGUUUGGUACAGUACGAAAUAGCGAGGGGAGGGAAGAAACUUGGACAGGGGACAUAG